CAAUGUCAAAGACUUGUGAUUAUCAAACGAGAAGUGCUGUAUUAUAAUGAAUGAAGGUUUAAUUUGACCCCUCUUCACACUGCAUCAUACCAUUAUCAUUUUGAAUACACAUCUUUUAUCACUCAGUAAACUGUGAUAAAUUGAUAAUGGAAGUUGAGCUUUUAAUCCUGGUAUUAAUUGAUGGUCUGGUAAACUUGAUUGAUGAAACAUGUGAACCAUCACUUCAAAUAGAAGAAGCAUCAAUUGUACAUGUUGGAGUCAUAUUUUUUGAAUUAUUUGUAUAGUUUUUUUUUAUUCUAAUUUUAACCAUUAUUUAAGUAUCUUAUUUAUAAGUAUUAAAUUUCUUCUCAAAAAACCACACACAUACACACACAACAAGAACACAAUGAUUCUGAGUCUGAAUUUGAAUCCUCUCCAAUGCAAUUGCAUCUCAUUCAUCACCAGAAGAUUCCUAUCCAGUGUGGUCCCCACACAUUCCCCUUCAGACCAUAUAAAAACCUUAGUUUCAAUGGGUCUUUAUCACCAAACACUUCAAUUUUUCACACAACUUCAUUUCUCUGCUCACCAUUUCAAUUCCAUCCCUUUUGUUCUUCCAUCAGUGAUCAAAGCAUGUUCCUUUACCCACUUUCAUGCAUUUGGCACACAGCUUCAUUGCUUAGCUUUUAUCACAGGCUCAUACACCGACCCAAUUGUCUCGAAUUCAAUUAUUUCUAUGUAUGCGAAAUUUUUUGAUAUCGAAUCAGCACGCCAAGUGUUUGAUACAAUGCCUCACAGAGAUACCAUCACUUGGAACUCUAUGAUCAAUGCUUAUUUGCAAAAUGGGUUGCUUGUAGAAGCUCUGCAAAUGUUGAAAGAUUUUUACUUUCUUGGUUUUCUUCCCAAGCCGGAGUUGUUGGCUAGUAUGGUAUCCAUGUGUGGGAGGGAAAUGGAUUUGGGUUGGAGGAUAGGAAGACAGAUUCAUGGACUUGUUGUUGUUGAUGGGAGGAUACGAAUUCAACAUUCGGUUUUUCUGUCGACGGCUUUUGUGGAUUUCUAUUUUAGGUGCGGUGAUUCUUUGAUGGCUCGAAGUGUGUUUGAUGAGAUGGAGGUGAAAAAUGAGGUUUCGUGGACUGCGGUGAUAUCUGGUUGUGCCAAUAAUCAAGAUUACGAUGUAGCUUUAGCGUGCUAUAGAGAAAUGCAGGUCGAGGGUGUUAGCCCAAAUAGAGUAACACUGAUUGCACUUUUAGCAGCUUGUGCAAGGCCAGGCUUUGUUAAGUAUGGAAAGGAGAUUCAUGGUUAUGCCUUUCGUCGUGGGUUUGAUUCAUGUCAUAGUUUUUCACCGGCUCUCAUAUAUUUGUAUUGUGAAUGUGGACAAUCACUGCACCUUGCUGAACGAAUUUUUGAAGGGUCUAGUUUAAGAGAUGUGGUGCUGUGGAGUUCAAUCAUAGGGAGCUAUGCUCGAAGAGGAGAGAGCGACAAAGCUUUGAAGCUUUUUAAUAAGAUGAGGACUGAAGAAACUGAACCAAACUAUGUAACUUUAUUGGCAGUGAUAUCUGCAUGUACAAACUUAUCUUCAUUUAAGCAUGGUGGUGUAAUCCAUGGCUACAUCUUGAAAUUUGGAAUUGGUUUUAGCAUCUUUGUGUGCAAUGCACUUAUAAAUAUGUAUGCCAAGUGUGGUAGUCUAGAUGAUUCUCGCAAGAUAUUCCUAGAAAUGCCAAGUAGAGAUUCGGUUACAUGGAAUAGUAUGAUCAGUGCCUAUGGCCUUCAUGGAUAUGGAGAACAAGCUUUACAACAUUUUUAUGAAAUGAAAGAGAGAGGAGUCAAGCUUGAUGCAGUCACAUUUCUUGCAGUUUUAUCUGCUUGUAACCAUGCUGGCCUUGUCACCGAGGGACAACAGUUAUUUGAGCAAGUAAAUGCAGAUUGUGAAAUUCCAAUCACCAUAGAGCAUUAUGCAUGCCUAAUUGAUCUUCAUGGAAGGUCAGGGAAACUUGAAGAUGCUUUGGAAAUUCUGAGAACAAUGCCUAUGAAACCGAGUGCAAGAAUAUGGAGCUCUCUUGUAUCAUCCUGUAAGCUUCAUGGAAGACUAGAUAUUGCAGAAUCACUAUCAUCUCAGCUUAUAAGAUCAGAACCAAAUAAUGCUGCUAGUUACACAUUGUUGAGUAUGAUUCAUGCCGAGAAGGGUCGUUGGCUUGAUAUAGAACAAGUGAGGGAAACCAUGAAACUACAAAGAUUAAGAAAAUGUUAUGGAUUCAGCCGCAUUGAGGCAGGCCAUUAGAUUAAGUUUCUAGCAAAACAAUGCAGAAUGUUUGAACUUUGAAGGCUAGCUUUAGACAGGAUCAAAAAGCUUUGACAAGAGUGCUUUCUUGGAACUUUUUUGCCUCUCAACCAAAAGCAUGCAAUUUGUCCAAUGGUAUGCUAAUUGGGGAGAGGAAGUUGGUUGUUGAAAAUCAAGGAAUUGGACAAUGAUCAAUGGAAGUUGGGCUGAUUCACGUGGAAUUUGCUUCUUCCAAAGCAAUGUGUUAUAGUCGAAUAAAGCAAAAAGAGAAGGAACCAUUGUAAUGUUUGUUAGCAAGGUUGCAUUGGCACCUAAGCCUAUGCCUCCAUCGAUCUUCAUGAAAAUAACAAGGUUGUGCUGACUUGUGCGCUAAGGGCACAUGUUAAGAAACCCAAAAGCAAAAAUAUUCUCUUAA